UUUUCUUCUUGAAGAUUCUUACCCACUGUUCUGUGGUUGUGAUACUGACAUUGUUCACAGUUUUCACAUGCUUCUGCUCUCUUAAGAGAUCUGUAGGAGAAUGAUAAUUUACUUUCAGGUUUCAAGUAGAUUAGUCAACCUGGUCUGUAUAAAGUUUCCAGCACGGGACUCAAAUUAUGUUAAUGUAUUAGAUGACUUAGACCAGCUCAUCUUGAGUUUGUUCUGAAAAUAUGCAUUUUGUGUUUUUCCACAUCCUUUGUGCCAGCCCUGACCUGGUAGCAUUGUUUUUAUUCAGUUUGUGAGUUCAAAAUGCUGUGCAUCUCUGACAGUUACUUUGAUUCUCUUACUGUGAUGUCAUGCUGGUCUCUGAAUGAAAUUUUAUUGAAGCUAAUGAACUUACUCACAUUUCAUUCACAAUAAAAGCAGACUUCAUCCCUUUUAUAUCACUGGCAGCUGAAACAAUACCAGCCACACCUAUGGCACAAGAAGGGAAAAUAAAUUUAAACAAGAGUGAUUAAAGGGAGAUUUAAGCAAGGAGUGUAGGAAUUUAUGCUGUUGGUUCAGAUAAAAAGAUUAGAAUAUUGUUUGAGAGAAUUGUGUGUGCAGAAACAUCAACAUAGAGAAACACUACAAAAUCCCAUGCAGAAGUUAUGGUCAGAGGAGCAAUGUAAACAUUAACUAAGAAGGAGAGAGGAGGGAGAGACCUUUUAUGCACAGUCGUUCUUGGAAAGACACUCGAAACUACAAGAAGAGAGGUGGGUUUUGUUGUUGUUGUUUUUCUGAUCUGGAUUCAUUCUGUGUCUCAAGGAACAAAACUUUCUCAUACAUGAUAUGAAAAUAAAAGGCACUGCACCUUGUAAGUACUUCACUCUGUCACUGGCGUAUCUCCCUAAUGAGAAUAGCUUACAAACCUCCUCUUGCUUCAAUCUGAGUAAAAAAAUAUGAUAUUAAUAGCGGAAGUGAAUGCAGUUUCUGAGGAGAUAGGUUGCAAGUUUCUGUUAACCUUGAACUCAAUUGGAACAUGAAGGAAGAUAAAAAUUAUUUUCAUUUGAAUUGACAUUCUUUUUCUAAUAACGUGAAGGAGAAUGCUCACAUUGUCUCACCUGAAAUAAUGUAUACUAUUGCUACCCAAAUGUGAUCUUCUUGAGAGGGAAACUGAGAUUUAUUCGCUGCUUCAGGAACACAGCUCAUAGGCUGAGAAGAUGAACACACACAGAUUUUAGCAGUCAUUUUGGCUGCAGGCACACUACUACGCUUGCUGAAAAAACUGCACUUCUUCCUUAGCUCUGGGAGUUGGAGACUGACUGCACUUUGGAGCCCAUCGCCUCAAAUGGGCCAGCGCAUAAAUAUAAUGUAGAUGAGGGAGUGAAAAUCUGCCUGUCCUGGUAAACAUCCAGAGAUGACUUUGGUGGUUUCUGCUAGAAACAGAAGACUUCUAAGACAAACUGGCAAUAACUUAAUUAGACAAAUGGGCUUGCAGAUGAAGCUCAAUGAAAGAAAGUCUACUGAGAGGCUGUGGAAUUCACUGCAGAGGCUGAGUCUACUUGCACAUGUGCCUCAGAACUGGAAGCAGUUAUCAGUGAAGAAGAUGGAACUGAAUUAUCACAAGCCUCUAAAUACAUCUGUGUUCAAUACACGUUAUAGAGAAGGAGGUUUUGAUCUGUCUCCUGACUGAUGAUUUUCUGUUCUUUCUAGAAUAAAAGUGAUUUCUAAAAUGAGAAAAAUUAGAAGUAAUGGAACAAAUCUGUUGUUGACUGAUACUAUGAAAAUCUAUAUAAAAUGAACCAAGACAUAUAAAUAAAGUACUUGGACUUAAGGAAGAUGCCUAGAUAGUUGUGAGGAUAUAUGAGCUCAUUAUUGCUUUGGAUUUCUUUUAGUGAUGAAGUAUGAGUAAUGAAUGCCCUCAAAAUAUCCUACAAAGUCAGGUUGUGGACAUCCAUUUUUAAGAUGAAGUUCAGGUCAUCAAAGGAAAGGAUCUAUAAAAAGGCAGGUGAUUUGCAAUGGACAGAUUAUCCUGUCUCUUAAAAUCACAGAUCAGUGUAGCUACCUGCUGCAGCAGUUUCUUAGAAAAGGAAGGAGAAGAUUAAGUGAAACAGUUUUCAUAAAGGAAUUCUACUUGCUGAAGUUUUUUUGGCUUUGAAGAAGAGACGGAUGCUUAUUUACUUGCAGAACGCUUUUGAUGAGCAAAAAAACCCACAAGCAAAACAUGAGUCAACGUAUCUAGUAAGUACAUAUAUACAAGAAAACUACUGGGGCAAAAAUGAGCUUAUUCUGAUGCUGAAUUUACUGUAUUUAUUGAUGCUAUUUACUCUAUAUUACUGUAAUAUUAAAUGUAAGACAUGGGAUUAUCUAAGAAACUUUAUCAUUGUAAAGCAGUCAUCCUGAUCAAGUAUGGAUCCUGUAGGGAAAUACUUUAUUAAAUGGCUCCCUCGCUGUUUACCUGCUGCAAAGAUGGUCAGUCCUCUGAGUCAUCAAACAAUUUACUGUGCCUUCAGUGCUGAGCCUAACCCAUCGUGAUGAAGAAAAAUAAAAGCAGAUUCAGUGGGCUACUGAAUGGAAGUUUACAGGAAGAUUCUUGAUCACUAAGAAAGAGAUGGAACCAGAGAUGCUUGGUGUGAAGAGAAGGCUGAUCAAAAGGCCCACAUAGGGCUGCCUUCACAGCAGGCUAGGGCCUGUGGCAAAAAAACAUGCCAUAGAGAAAAAAAAACUGGAAAUUGUGCUCUGUGGCACAUUGUGUUUGCUAGACCCAGGAAGUAUGCGGUGCACAUUAAUAUCUCACUGAAAAUCAAUACAUCUACCAAGAGUUGUAGUAAGAUUUCUUACUACUUACUUACUGGUACUGUACCAGUGGGAUACAGCCUGCCUAAAAAAGAGACAGCUGUGCACAUACUGGGUGCAUACCUGGUAGUCUGAAAAAAAAAAAAGGAGCCAGGAUCUGCUUUGUCCAACUCCAUGAAUAAACAGCCACAUUCCAUAAAACUUUCAUUACAAGUAGUCAUUUGGAAGUUCAGCAGUAGUGCAAAAGCUAGAUAGAUCAGAGUUGAACAAAGUUUAGCAUUUCUACAGUACUUAAAGGCUCUUGUCUGAGCCUGUUGCAGACAGCCUUUAGUAUAGAUUCUGCUACUUAUGCUUUGAGAAAGUAUUGAUGAACAAAUCAAUAUUAAGUGUGCAGUAGCCGUUUAGAGCAAAUAUGUAAGUAAGAAUUAUUUCCUUUAGGUUUUGUCUUGGAGAACAGGAACAUUGUAGGAGAUGCACCCGUCUUCCCCCAUGGUUUGUUGCUUUUGUGAAUGAUGAAGACUGAAAAACGCGCUGCAAAGUUUUAACAAUUAUCUAUAGCAAAGCUCAUGUCUAAGCAAGAAGCUUUGAUGGAAACAGAUGCUACCUGAAAAAGACGGAAAGAAACUGACUGAUUAAAAAUGGAAAAUUUGUUUAAAAAUAUAUAGCUAUCACUAUGAGCUUUUUCUCAUUUAAAGAGAAAGCCAGUAAACAGACCUUGAAGAGCAGAAUCCUGAAUUUUAACAGCUUCUCUCUUACCUGAAGGAAUCAAGCAAUUCAUUGGGCCAAGCUGAAAAUACUCUGGUGCAAAACUGAUGGAGGUGGAGAGGAGGGAAAGAAGUGUUCCUUAUGGCUAUUCCUGAAUCCUAAAAUACCCAUGAAGAAACUGAAUCCAGAACACGUGCCUCAGGAAUGACAUCUUUAAAUCGAACACAGCCCAAUUAGGUGUCAGAGAAAUGGGAAUCAGAGAAACGAUGGGAACUCAUUCAUUGAGAUCUUGUCCAGUUUUCUAAAGGGUUAUGAAAUAGGAAAGAUUCCACUAAAUUUAGGGUUAGUGAUUUGAAAAUGUCUUGAAAUAAAUAUAGUAUAUAAAAGCUAUUAUUUUAAAGUAGUCUUUAUUUUGUAAACGACUUUUUUUCUGCUGCUGUGGACCUACUUGCCAUUCUAGACAGUGAGAUUAUUGUGAUAGACUAAAAGUGUUGUUAUGAUGCAGUGUGGGUGAAAUAGCACAGUGUAUCUGCUAAUGCUCUUCCUUUAGACUAAAUGUAAAAGCUGUUGCGAGUUCUCUAUUCACGAGAAGGCAACUGGAGCUAUAGAGGCUCUUUAAAGCACAGACACUGCAUAGAGCUGACUGUGGAUUUGUGCACAGGUGGGUCUGAAUGAAAAUCCAGUGAUCUGAAAGGAGCUGUGUGUGUGUGGUGUGAAUGGGAGUUCUAGAGAAGCAGCACAGCAGUGCAUAGGUAAGCAGCAAAGAAACUCUGGAGAAGCCCUUGAAACAGAACGCCUGGGAAAACAAAAAGUCCAAAGAGUACAAUGGGACAAAAUGCCAUAAAGGAAAAGGCUGGGAAGCAUGAACUCCUUGGAAAGUGCUCUCCUUCAUUUGCGUCAUACUGAAUUUAGGACAGCAGAACUGUAUGUAUGUUAUUUGUAAAUAAACACGAUUGCGCCAAAGAAAUGACUGACUUAAAAUUGUUUUUCUACCUAUGUGACCCUUUUUAUUUUUUUUUAGCCUGCUGGUUGGGUCCAAAGGAUAGCCAUGAUUUGGAUGGCUUGGGAAAUCUAGUUCAACUGUGUGAAACCAGCAAAUCCCCAUAGAGGGGAGUUUUGUGAAUAGAGUUUUGCCUUUUUCCCCCUUCCCUUUUCCUCUCUUCCACCUGAUAGUAGAGUGACUUUUUACCGAGUAUCUGGGCUACCAUUAAGGGACUUGGAGAAAACAGAUUAACAGGCCUACGGUAUGCAGCCUUUUUCCCAGACAGCAGCAAAAAACAAGGACUGGGAAACAGAAAAUCAUGACUGGUAUUGUUUUGAAUGCCAUUUGCCUGGAGAGGUGUUGAUAUGUGACCUGUGUUUUCGUGUGUAUCAUUCCAAGUGUUUGUCUGAUGAGUUCAGGCUUAGAGACAGCAGUAGUCACUGGCAGUGCCCAGUUUGCAGGAGCAUCAAGAAGAAAAACACAAGUAAGCAAGAGAUGAGCACAUACCUGCGGUUCAUAGUCUCUCGUAUGAAGGAGCGGGCUAUAGAUCUAAACAAGAAAGGGAAGGACAACAAACAUCCAAUGUAUAGGAGGCUGGUGCACUCAGCUGUUGAUGUUCCUACUAUACAGGAGAAAGUAAAUGAAGGAAAGUACAGGAGUUAUGAGGAGUUCAAAGCAGAUGCGCAGCUGCUUCUACACAACACAGUGAUUUUCUAUGGAGCGGACAGUGAACAAGCUGACAUAGCGAGGAUGCUUUACAAAGACACAUGUCAUGAACUGGAUGAACUGCAGCUUUGCAAGAACUGUUUUUAUUUGUCAAAUGCACGACCUGACAAUUGGUUCUGCUAUCCUUGUAUACCUAAUCAUGAGUUGGUUUGGGCCAAAAUGAAAGGCUUUGGGUUUUGGCCAGCCAAAGUCAUGCAGAAGGAGGACAAUCAAGUUGAUGUUCGCUUUUUUGGUCAUCACCACCAAAGGGCCUGGAUCCCCUCUGAAAACAUCCAGGAUAUCACAGUUAACAUCCAUCGGCUGCACGUGAAACGCAGCAUGGGUUGGAAGAAGGCCUGUGAUGAGCUGGAACUGCACCAGCGAUUUCUUCGUGAGGGGAGAUUCUGGAAAUCAAAGAAUGAGGAUAAAGGGGAAGAGGAGGCAGAGUCAAGUAUCUCCUCCACCAGCAACGAGCAACUGAAGGUUACUCAGGAACCAAGAGCAAAGAAAGGACGACGUAACCAGAGUAUGGAACUCAAAAAAGAAGAGCCAGAACCUGAAACUGAAGCAGUAAGUUCAAGCCAGGAAAUUCCCACAAUGCCUCAGCCCAUUGAAAAAGUUUCAGUCUCAACUCAGACCAAGAAGUUAAGUGCCUCUUCUCCAAAAAUGCUGCACCGGAGCACCCAGACCAAUAAUGAUGGAGUGUGUCAGAACAUGUGCCAUGACAAAUACACCAAAAUCUUCAAUGAUUUUAAGGACAGGAUGAAAGCUGAUCACAAAAGAGAAACUGAGAGAGUUGUGCGAGAGGCAGUGGAAAAGCUGCGUACAGAGAUGGAAGAAGAGAAAAGACAGGCUGUAAAUAAAGCCGUGGCCAAUGCACAAGGAGAGAUGGACAGAAAAUGUAAGCAAGUAAAGGAGAAGUGCAAAGAAGAAUUUUUAGAAGAAAUUAAGAAGUUAGCAGGCCAGCACAAGCAGCUGAUUUCCCAGACCAAGAAGAAGCAGUGGUGCUACAACUGUGAAGAAGAGGCCAUGUACCACUGCUGCUGGAACACUUCCUACUGCUCCAUCAAGUGUCAGCAGGAGCACUGGCAUGCUGAACACAAACGUACCUGCCGCAGAAAAAGAUGAAAGAGCUGUUCCUCCGCUAGAACAUCACCCCGAUGAUUGCUAUUCUCAGACACAGCGGUUUUUGUUUCCAAGAAGCCAAAAUUGUUUAGAAUUUGCUUCCCAUUUUGCACCAGCCUUUAAACACUUUUCGUAAAAGAAAUUUUGCACAGUAAUUUCAAUCUUCUGUUCAGUGCUCCUCCAAAAUUUUGCCAGCGGAAUGAAUUGAACAUCUCUGGGAGCAGGUUACUUUAAAUAAUUUUAAACUAGAGGAUUUGUUGCAUUUUCAGCAAAUUUUAAAACAUUUUUAGGUUUUACAGAGAUUUUAAUCUUUAAAAACAGCAGAUCUAGAAUUAAACCAUGCGAGUUUAACAAAAGGAACAUACAAAAACUAGAUCUGAAUGUAAGAACUUUAGAACUGUUUCAGAAAAACAAAGCAUACUACCUUGAUGUAACAUUUAUUUCUUAACCUUGUUGAGCUGGUUUUGUUCAGCUUAAUUUUACUGUUUAAAGGCAUUAUCUAUUGGUUAUACCAGUGGGUACAUGAUUGAAUUUAGGGAACAGGGUUGACACAGCAGGUGCUACUCCUGCGUAUUUUUUCUUAAAUAUUUCCCAACUGUGUUUUAUUUUCAUUAUUUCUUUUCAAUAUAUAACUUUUAUAACAAAAUAUUAGCUUUGAUCUUGUAGUUUAAAAUCACAGGGAACUGGGGUAAUCUUUUACUGAGCUGGAUCUUAGAGAAAAAUGAAUAUUUAAAUUUUGAAGUUUGCACAUUUCAUCUUUGUCCUGACAUGAGUGCUUGUAACAAGAAUAAGAAAAGCCAAAAAACAAAACCCAAAUAACAGCAACAAAAGAAGCAACUACCUUUAUUCAUAUGUGGAAUUACGAGGCUUACAAGUUUUGUUAAGGUGCCCCCUUCAGCCUCCCCAAUCCAAUGUCAUCUGACUGCCUACGAUCUGGUGUCACCUGGUCCAUUGUAACUCGAUAGUAAGAGGAGAAAAAGCACUUACGUUUCACAGAAGCCGUUAUGUUUGUAGUAAUGGGUCAUUGCCUAAUAAUGAGCUCCAUCACUGUACUCAGAAUGAAGAAUAAUGCAUGUUAAUUUUCUUGUAUUAAAGAUGCCGUGAUUUGUAAAAAGUCUGUAUUUUGCGGAAUGUCUGGAUUAAGAAGCAUUACCAAUAGGAAUGGAUCGAUAGUUGAAAAAUGAUUUUUUUUUGUUUGUUUUAUAUAUAGAUAUAUGAAUUGCAUCCAUGUUCAGAGACAAUUUUUUAAAUAGAUGUAAAGCUUACUUAAAUAGCUUUUCUUUUAAAGUGUCUCCGCAUUUUAGUUUCUUCUUCCAAAGGCUGGUCUUAGACCACGUCCUGUGCCCAUUAAUCAUCCCGCUAUUUUUUGAGGAGUUAGAGGAAUAAUUUGUAAAUAUUUAUUUAGAUCUUUGAUAUUUAUUGAAAGCAAUUACAUGAUGGAACGAUGGAAGCUGAAGAAUCAGGAGGAAAGCCUUUAAAAAGUUUUCUCUAGGAUUUGUCAGGGUCAUUGUAAAGAUGAAAAUACAACUGAGACUUCUGUGAACUGCCAUUGGAAUCCUGAUCUUUUUACUUACAGCGGUGAUAGAAGUUAAUUGACUUGAUACUGCCAAAUAGCACCCAACACCUUGUGGAAAUUGAGCGGUAAGCUGACGGGAGAAAAUAGUACGUAGAUGGUAAUUUGUAUUACCACAGCUACAUUAUUGCCUGAUUAAUGUGUAAUUAACUUUUGUCGCCUCUGUGUUGUGACUGUAAAACACUUCACAACUAAAAAUCAAUCCUGUUCAAUUACUUUACGAGUUCCAAAACUUCGAUCCACCCCUAUGAAAGCAAGUUAUUGUGGAAAUAUUUUUGGUGUAAAAUCAUUCCAGAAUAUGUAAUAUUUAACUGAUAGCUGCAUGAAAGUAAGAUUCGUGUUACUUUGGCUUUUUUGUCUCUGUUGACACGGUUGCACAUUUCCAAGUUACUACAGCGUGAAAACUGUGUGUUUUAAAGAAAAAAACAAAACAAAAAAAAAAAGAUUGUGGCCUGGUUUUGUAUAAGUUUUAGGUAAAAUUACAAUUGAUUGUUUUA